GAUCCUGCAAUGGAAACUCAGUCGAAACUGGAACAAGUGAAAUCUUUGCUAUUCGGCCUCACCAACAUCACGCUCCUCUUCCUUCUUCUAUACUUCUUUGUUUGUUCCCUUGACAUCCUGAGCUCUGCCUUCCAGCUAGCUGGUGGCAGGGUGGCGGGGGAUAUCUUCCAGGAAAAUGCCAUCCUGUCUAACCCGGUGGCAGGGCUUGUGGUGGGGAUACUGGUGACAGUGUUAGUCCAGAGCUCCUCCACUUCCACUUCCAUCAUAGUCAGCCUUGUCUCUUCUGGGUUGCUGGAUGUUCGCUCAGCCAUUCCUAUCAUUAUGGGCUCCAAUAUUGGGACAUCAGUCACCAAUACCAUUGUUGCUCUGAUGCAGGCUGGGGACAGAGAUGAGUUUGAACGGGCAUUUGCUGGAGCCACAGUCCACGACUGUUUUAACUGGCUGUCUGUCUUGGUUCUCCUGCCACUGGAGGCUGUGACUGGACUGCUGAGGCAUCUGUCACAGGCUGUGGUUGACGCCCUUCUGCUCAGGACUGGAAAACAGGCACCUGAGCUUUUAAAGGUCAUCACUGAACCACUCACCAAAAUGAUCAUCCAGUUGGAUCAGUCAGUCAUCACAGCCAUCGCCGCUGGAGACCAGAGCAUGAGGAACAGAAGUUUAGUGAAGCAGUGGUGCCAAACCCCAACCAUUGAAGACAAUAAAACAGUGUGGAGAGCAGGCAACCUCUCUCAACCAGCGCAUGCAGAGAAAUGUAGACAUCUAUUUGUGGACAGUUCUUUGUCAGACUUAGCUGUAGGUCUGAUCCUGCUGGCUUGUUCCCUCCUGGUGCUGUGCAGCUGUCUGAUACUGCUGGUUAAACUGCUCAACUCACUCCUCAAGGGCCAGGUGGCCAGUGCUAUCAAUGCAGUCAUUAACACAGAUUUCCCCCAUCCAUUCACCUGGCUGUCAGGCUACCUGGCUCUAGUAGCAGGAGCAGGCGUGACCUUUUUGGUUCAGAGUAGCUCUGUCUUCACCUCUGCUAUCACGCCACUCAUAGGUAUUGGGGUGAUCACUAUUGAGAGAGCAUACCCUUUGACUCUGGGGUCCAACCUGGGAACCACAACAACAGCUAUACUGGCUGCCCUGGCUAGUCCUGGGGAUAAACUGGGUGCUGCCAUACAGGUUGCUUUGUGUCAUUUCUUCUUCAACCUCCUUGGCAUCCUGCUGUGGUAUCCAGUGCCAGCCUCACGCAUACCUAUCAGUAUGGCCUGUGCUCUGGGCAGCUGCACUGCCAGGUACCGCUGGUUUGCUGUCCUGUACCUCCUCCUCCUCUUCAUCGUCAUUCCGUCUGUUGUGUUUGCCCUCUCUAUGGCUGGCUGGAGGGUGAUGACCGGGGUCGGUGUACCAGUAGUUGUAGUGAUUGCCUUUGUUGCAAUGGUGAACGUGCUCCAGGAACGAAGGCCAGGCUGUCUGCCACGCAGGUUACAGAACUGGGACUUCCUUCCUGUCUGGAUGACCUCACUGCAGCCCCUGGAUGACCUCAUCACCAAGGUGUCACUGAGGUGUGGCUGGUGGAAAGCUCCAGUGUCAGAGCCAGUUGUGUCUCAGGUGUGUGUGUCGCCAGAGGAGAUGAGGGUCAGCUGCUCCUCAGCGGGAGAUCGAUUAGAGUUCAGUUGGAGUUUGGACAACCACUUAUUUUUGAGGACGCAAACACAGUUCCUGAGCAACUGGACGCUGGACGGCCAAUCACUGGCCACAAAUACAACUGUGCAAGCCAAGCCCAGCAGCUUGACCAUCAGCAUCAGCUUACAUGCACCUCACGCUCACACUCAGGAUCCUGUUUUGACUGUGGCUGUGGCUGCUAGUGUCGCCGCUGUUCUUUUCAUUCUGGCGGUGUGUCUCACCAUCAGGCACUUGUGUAAAAGAAAAAGAUCUCAGACUGCACAUGAAGGUAAAUCUGAGGAUGAUGUUGUCUACUCAGAUGUGCUGAUGCACAAUGUACGGAGAGUGACACAGGCAGACCCACCGUGUGUGUAUGGACAGAUCAAGGCUCCUCCAGCUCGAGGCGCAGCAGGGACAAAGUCUAAACUCCAUGGACUUGGCCUGAGUACAACCAUCUGUAACUGGACCCUGGAUUUCCUAACCAGUCGUCUCCAGACUGUCAGGCUGGGAAAACAAACAUUCUCCACCCUCAUUCUGAACACAGGUGUCCCUCGGGGGUGUGUCCUGAGCCCUAUCCUGCAUUACCUCUUCACCCAUGACUGCCAGCCUCUCCAUGCAGCGAACACCAUCAUAAAGUUUGCAGAUGACACAACAGUCAGGGGCCUGGUCUCCAACAAUGACAAGGCAGCAUACAGCUGCACUAAGAAGGACCAGAGGGCACUGCAAACACUCAUCAAGACAGCACAGUACAUCACUGGGACCCAGCAUGGCGACAUCUACCAGGCCCACUGUCAGAGCAUGGCCUCAAACAUCGCCCGCAACCCAACACACCCUAGUUACCACCACUUCCACUUAUUCCCCUCUGGCAGGCGAUUCAGGUCCGGCCACAUCUCGAGUGUGACUUUCCCCAGUUCAGUCAUGUCCGAUUCCCCAGCGUGUACCACAGUCCCUGUUGCUGUGGCCCACUGCUGUCAGCCUGGGGAGGCUGCCUCCGUUACACAUGAAGUCACCUGA